CACAGCAGUUUUCCGCCUCCCUGAUUGCAGACGCUGCGCCCAGCACUGCAAAUGACCUGUUACUGGUCGAUAGAUCCCGGUGUGCAGCAGGUUUCAAAGGCUCUGGCUCAUUUUCAGGCACCGCGUGUUGUUAGUUCCAACACACCACCGCAUCAUGGGGAGGUGGGGACCCAGCCAGAAAGCACCAGGUCUGGGCCACCCCGGGCCGUGAGAAACCUUCCCCUCUCUGGUCCAGACCAGCGCAGAGCUCAGCAGGAACAACCUGCUGCUCCCAGCUGAGCCCAGUGGCCACAGCCAUCCACAGGACACGGGGACAGGAGUGCAGUGCAGCACCUGCAAGCCACACAGCAGCGUGCCCGCAGCCUGGAGUGCGUUCAUGCCCCGUAACACUGCUGGAAAACAGAGAGCGGAGGAAGCCACUCGGCACCUUCAGUACCUCCCUGGGUGAGGAAGACCACACAGCUGUUGAGGCCCCCGUGGACAUUUGGGCAAGAGGAGGCCAGCCAAAAUGGCUUCUGUCUUUCGGAGCGAGGAGAUGAGCCUGAUGCAGCUCUUCCUGCAAGUGGAGGCUGCCUACUGCUGCGUGGCUGAGCUUGGAGACCUGGGCCUGGUCCAGUUCAGAGAUCUGAAUGCAAACGUGAACAGCUUCCAGAGAAAGUUUGUGAAUGAAGUGAGAAGGUGUGAAUCCUUGGAGAGGAUCCUCCGUUUUCUGGAAAAUGAAAUGGAAGAUGUUGUGGAGAUAGUCAAACUAGAGACGUACCCAGAGACCCCCCUGCCUCGGGAAAUGAUUGAUAUGGAGACAGUGCUGGAGAAACUUGAGGCUGAGCUGCUGGAAGCCAACCAGAAUCAGCAAACUCUGAAGCAGAACUUCCUUGAGCUGAUGGAACUCAAGCAUCUGCUGAAGAAAACCCAGGACUUCUUUGAGGGAGAAACCAAUCUGCCAGACGAUUUCUUCAGUGAAGACACAUCUGGUCUGCUGGAGCUGAGGACCACCCCUUCUGCUGCAGCUGCCAAGCUGGGAUUCACAGCAGGGGUUAUAAAGAGGGAAAGGAUGAUACCCUUCGAGCGUCUGCUGUGGCGAGCCUGUAGGGGAAACAUCUAUCUGAGGUACACCGAGAUGGAUACCCCCCUGGAGGACCCUGUCACGAGAGAAGAGGUGAAAAAGAAUGUGUUCAUUAUCUUCUAUCAGGGAGAGCAGCUCAAACAAAAAAUCAAGAAGAUUUGUGAUGGGUUUCGUGCCACAGUGUACCCCUGUCCAGAGUCUGCCACUGAGCGCCGAGAAAUGCUUGAUGGAGUGAACACAAGGAUUGAGGAUUUAAACACAGUGAUAACCCAAACUGAGUCCCACCGCCAGCGGCUGCUGCACGAGGCAGCAGCCAACGUGUGGUCCUGGGAGAUCAAGGUAAAGAAAAUCAAGGCCAUCUACCACAUCCUGAAUUGCUGUAACAUUGACGUCACCCAGCAGUGUGUCAUUGCAGAGAUCUGGUUCCCAGUAGCUGAUGCUGGCAGGAUAAAGAGAGCUCUCCAUCAGGGAAUGGAGAGAAGUGGCUCUACCAUCACCCCAAUCCUGACAACCAUACACACUAGGAUGGCACCACCCACCUUCAACAGGACUAACAAGUUCACAGCUGGAUUUCAGAACAUCGUGGAUGCGUAUGGUGUGGGCAAUUACAGGGAGAUGAACCCAGCUCCUUACACUAUCAUUACUUUCCCCUUCUUGUUUGCGGUGAUGUUUGGGGACUGUGGUCAUGGUGCUGUCAUGCUGGGCUUUGCGCUGUGGAUGGUCAUUAACGAGGAGAGCCUUCUGGCCCAGAAGAGCAAUAAUGAGAUCUGGAACACUUUUUUCAGUGGGCGCUAUCUGAUCCUGCUCAUGGGCAUAUUUUCCAUGUAUACUGGCUUCAUCUACAAUGACUGCUUUUCCAAAUCAUUCAACAUCUUUGGCUCUUCCUGGCACAUUAUCCCCAUGUUUAAAAACAACACUUGGAAUAAGGAAGUGCUUCUCGACAACACUGUGUUGCAGUUGGAUCCAGCAGUCCCAGGGGUCUACUCUGGAAAUCCAUACCCAUUUGGAAUAGAUCCAAUCUGGAACAUUGCAUCAAACAAGUUGACUUUUCUGAACUCCUACAAAAUGAAGAUGUCAGUUGUGAUUGGGAUUGUGCAUAUGAUUUUUGGGGUGAUACUCAGUCUCUUUAACCACAUCUACUUCAAGAAAUACAUCAACAUUAUCCUGCAGUUCAUUCCAGAGAUGAUCUUUAUUAUAUGUCUUUUUGGCUACCUUGUCUUCAUGAUUAUUUUCAAAUGGUGUCAUUUUGAUGUCCACUCAUCACAGAGCGCACCAAGCAUUCUCAUCCACUUCAUCAAUAUGUUUCUGUUUAAUUACAGUGAUGCUUCUAAUGCUCCACUAUAUCUGCACCAGAGAGAAGUGCAGAGCUUUCUGGUCAUAUUUGCUCUGAUUGCUGUUCCCUGGAUGCUGCUAAUUAAACCUUUCAUCCUCCGAGCCAACCACCAGAAAGCACAACGCAUGAUUCGGUCUCAAGCUCACCCAGGAAACAUUGUGGAAGAAAAUGAAGUGGAUGCCCCAGAGACCAAUCACACCAAGAAAGCUUCCCGAGCAGACCAUGGUGGUGGUGGCCAUGAGGAUGAUGAAGAAGAGUUCAACUUUGGAGACACAUUUGUCCACCAAGCUAUCCAUACCAUUGAAUAUUGCCUUGGCUGCAUUUCCAACACAGCGUCCUACCUGCGGCUCUGGGCGCUGAGCCUAGCCCAUGCACAACUGUCAGAAGUUCUCUGGACGAUGGUAAUGCACAAUGGGUUAAACAACAGCAGCUGGGUAGGCCUCAUUGUUGUCUUCAUCAUCUUUGCUGCUUUUGCAGUGCUGACGGUAGCCAUCCUACUCGUCAUGGAGGGUUUGUCAGCCUUUCUGCAUGCCUUGCGCCUGCACUGGGUGGAGUUCCAGAACAAGUUCUAUGUGGGAGCUGGGUACAAAUUUUCUCCGUUCUCCUUCAAGCACAUCAUAGAUGGCACUGCGGAAGACUAAAGCCAGUGCAUUGAUUCUUCAUUUCUCAGACCAGGCCCUACUUCCUUGCCAUUGGUUGCCCACAGAGUUGGUUAUAUACAAUGAUAUAAAAUGGGAAUAGCCCUUGGAAGAAGAUUAGCUGUACAUGGAAAUGUCCUAGGCCCAUUCCCAGUGAUAACACAGAUGCUCCAUCUGCUGGGUUGGCUGGACCCUGAGCUGCUUAUCUCCACUGAUGUCUCUGCCGAGUACCUGGUCCUCAGCAUUUGAUCAGAUCAGCUGCCCAGUGCUUGGUUAAAAAGAAGCAAUGCACUUUUUUUGAAUUAAAUUGGUUAUUAAUAAUUAGCUUGCAUGUGUUUUGCUCUACUUGUCUUUGCGGCUUAUUUCUCUACAAGGAAAAUAUGUUUCAGCUGUUGUUUGAAGCUGUGGUUGACCAUUUCACAACGAUUAAUUCUCUUACAAGACUGCUGCCCUUCAUUGCACAAACAAUGCAAAACUGCUCAUGGACAGAUGAUACUGCAGGCAGGCAAUUUUCUACAUGCUUUACUACAAGAACCCUCCUAUUAUCUGAUUUGCUCCAGGUCUUGACAAUGUGAGAUUACAGAAGUUUGCAUACGUCAUCGCUUAACAAAAGCAUUGGUUUUGAGCUGUGUAAACAAAAGAGUGCAGUAGUUUCCGCACUGGCAGCCAAUUUAUUUCUCUCUGUGGACUUGUUUCACACUGGAAACUUAAAAUGACUCCUCCUGUGCUGUACUUUUCAAGAUGGGUUGCUAAAACAGAUCGUGUAGUAAUGCUAAUACUUAAUGAACAGAGAGAAGAGGGAAAUCAAUACAUUUGAGAUGAAUUCACAGUGUUGAUGUACUGUGAUCUUUUUUAAAUAUUCAAUGAACUGCCAGUUUUUCAAACUGAAUAGUGUUAAUCAAGACAGGCUAUUUUUUCAAGCAUGGAGGAUGUAAAAUCCCAACAUGACACAUGGAAUGUUUUGGACAUGGAAUGUUUUGCUUCCCUCCAGAGAGGUUGUGGGUGCCCCAUCCCUGACGGCAUUCAAGGCUGGGUUGAACAGAGCCCUGGGCAGCCUGAUCUGCUGGAUGACAGCAUUGCCCGUGGCAAGGGGUUGAAACUGCUUGGGUUUUAAGCUCCCUUCCAACUCAAGCCAUUCUAUGAUUCUAUGAUUCCUGAUACUCAGCUCCACUCAAGAAUCCUGCCAGUUGAGGGUUCCCAGCAGCAAGUGCAUCAGAGCAGUGUUUGCAUGGGCUGUGAGACUGCACUGGUCAGCCUUGAGAGUCACCUUCCAGCUGCGCUGACAGAGAACACACAUCCCCAGGCAAAGCAGUUGUUCCUGUUUUUCUCUUGAGUUGCCAAGAAACCAUAGUGGCACUGGACACUGGCUGCCAAUGGUCAGGAACAUUUUUCAUUCUAAGAGCAGCUUGGAUUUGGAGCUGGAGCUAGAGCUGAGAGAAGAAAGAGUGGGUACAGGUAUGUCUCCAUGAUACGUGUGGUUUCAUGGCUCUGGCUCUUCAGGACUGGGUAACUUGUGGUUCAUG